UCAAUGAACUGCAGAAGAAGGUCGGCUGUCGACGACGAUCGAAGCCGCAGAAUAAGAUUGGCGGUCGACGACGAUCGACACCGAGGAAGGUGGGCUGUAGACGAUGUUCGAAGCCGGAUCGCCUUCUAUCAAGCUCAAGCAAAGGAAUCACUCGAUUGGGUAGACAGAAACCUUGAUUGGAUAGACAAAAACCUUCAGGCAAUAAGGAAGAUGUGAAUGUCGUCGGCAACCAUACCGAGGUAUUCGUCUUCUUCUUCUCUCCUCUCGUCCCGCCAUUUUCCCACCAUUGUUAAUGAUUACCCUCCGCUCGAACUCCCUCUUCGAUGGCGCGAUCCGCCGCCGAAGUAUCCGCCGCUCGAGCGUCCAAUGCGAUGGCGAGAUCCUUCGCCCGAUUGCGCAGUUCACAACCAUCCCGGGGCCGUCUUCAGCGAUUCGUAUCCGUCCCAGCAUCAUCCGCCUCCCGUCUCUCACGAUCAUUCCAUUCAAGGCGAAAUCUGCUCCAACUUAGGAUCGUGCGGUUCUGCCGCUGUUUACGAUCAGACCAACUCCCACGAGCGACCCACGUCCAGCGCUCCACCGCCAUCGCCAGCGGUUGAUUCUGCGAUUAACACUCUGCCUGACCUGACCGCUCCUGCAAACAAUCUUUCUGUCGCCCAAAUCAUCCAUCCGCAUGAACUCCCUAACCCGCAUAAUGUCAUUUCUGAUCCAAGCAUUCAUUUUGAUUCCGUUGUUGCUAAUCUGCCUUUACCGCACACAAAGACAGAACCACCGCUUUCGCUGUCGAUCAGCUCCCGUGAUACCAACUCUGCGAAGCAAUACCACUCUGUCUCCGCCAACCUUAAUUCCGCCUUCAGAUCUACCGGCUGCUUUUCCUCAAUCCAGCUCAAUGUUGCUCUCGUAUCCACGGACCGAGCAGAACCACAGCUCGACGUCGAUUUCAACUCCACAGUCGAUCCCAAGGAGUGCAACCAAUCCGACAUUAUGCAAGAAUCGGGCAGCAGCUUUGCUGAAGAAGACUCCAAUUCAAACACCCAGCACUUCGACACGUUCGUUCCUGAGGCUGAAACUUCUUCAGACGUUCACCGGCGGCCCACUACUGCGGCAGAAAGCUCCGCCGCUGCCAACUCGGAUCAUUCUGAGAACUUGAAGGCCCUGGAUCACCACCAUCGCUGGCCGGUGGCCAGAAGCAGGCAGUCGAGUAUGCUGACCAAGAGCCUGGAUUGCUCAGCUGAAAGGAAUGAGCUUAAAUCCACUAUCCAGUUACUGCGGCAGCCAGUGUUAUUAGACGUUGGCUCUAGCAGGGCUUUAUUUGAAAGCGCGAAGCUCUCGGCUUCUUCAGACACGGAUAGUGUUUCUUCCGGAAGUAAUUCGGGGACUCCUGAGCUGAAUGUACCUCAGCAUGUUCGGGUCACCUCCCACGGGAGUAGCGUGUCUGCUAGAUUUUGGCAAGAGACAAAUAGCAGGCUUCGCAGGCAGCCGGAGAUUGGGACUCUGGUAUCUUCAGUUGGCUCAAAGAGCCCAAGCAUUCAGUGUGGGGAUGCUACUUCUACCAUGUCCAUCCAACCUCUAGUUCAGGAAGUCUUGGAUAGUGGUUGGGUGGAAGCUCCUAUGGCAUUAGCGGAUUAGAUUGCUAAGAGAAAUGAUCGGCAUUUGAUGGAUCAUGGAGGUGGGGAGACUGAGUUAAAUGACAACUACAAUAUUGGUAUUGGGAAUGUUUUCCCUGCAGGUGUGAAAAUGUCUGGUCUGAAUUCGAUUGACAAAGUUGAUUCAGUGCAAUGCAUCCAAACUGUUCGACGAAAUGUCACUGAAGGUUACGAUCCCAACUUGAGAGGCUGGAGGAGGUUGUGUAGAAAUUUGAUAAAGUUCAACUGAGAUUAGUACUUCUCUUCAUCUAUUAGAAAGCACAAAGCAAGAGCAGCAGCAUUAGUUGUACAAAGCAUGUGAAGUUGCAUCCUUGCCUAUAAAUGAUCUCAUCGGUAGAGGCAAGGACAAGGAGUUUGUUAUGCAGUGGCUAAGGAACCCAUCAAAUGAGCGUCCUGGAACUGAUUUGUACAUAAACAUUUCUCUUCUAGCUAUAGUGGGGCAUGGUGUUAUGGAAAGACAAUUCUAUUGCAACAGGUCUAUGAAGAUGAAAUGAUAAAGGAAUUUGAUCUUAAAAAAUGGGUUUGUGUAUUCAGCAACUUUGAUGAGUACAAAAUCAUUGCAGAUAUGUUGAAAUCUCUUAAAAUGAGCAGACCUCCUUUGGAUACACUUUAUGCAUUUCAAAAGAAUCUCAAAUAUGAGAUAAUAUCAUAAGGGUUCUUACUUGUGCGGGAUGACAUGUGGGAUGAAAAGGAGGAACGGAACAAAACUAAAUGGGAGAAUGUGCUCGCCUCUCUAUCUUGUGGAAUUUGGGAAAGGGAUUGGUUCUGUGCCGAGAACUCAUAUUCACCAACCAAUUGGAAAAUUGAAAUGCUAGUUCAGUUCAAGGAUUCCAAAGUUGAACCUCCUCACUUGGAUUGGAGGAAGCCUCUUCAUGUGGUAAUUUUAAAGUCUGCAUUCAAAGUCUUCGAUCCAGAAAUUUGUUUUUCACCCUACCUCCCUUCUAAUAACGUGCCUCGACGGAGUCAAGCUUUUUGUCACAAGGGGAGAAUGAUGUAGGAACAUCAUAGCUAAUAUUAAGCUUAAGGACUAGCCUACCUUUCAUGCUCUAGAUAGUUCUAUUUUGCUCUAUAAAUAGUUAGCUAAUGUAAUGGAUUGGGAUCAUUGAAUGAAUAUUACUCUCUUUUAAAGCUUUGAAGCUUUGUGUUUGCCUUCUUUCCUGGAUUGGGAUCGAAAUCCUUCUUACAGGUCGAUUCUUCCGACGAUCCACUACAUCACCUUAGGACAGAAAAAAUGACAAAUAAAAGUUGUCUAUCAAAACCCUAAGAUUAGAAAUUGGCAUGCCAGCCUAUGAUGUGUAUGAACAAAAGAGUAGAGGCGGACAUGUAAAUAAGCAAGCAAGAAAAAAUAGGAUGUAAGAACGAAGACAAGAACCAAAAGGGACAACACUAUUCUGAACAAAGUUCCAAGUUGCAAGUCCAAUAGUUAAGAGAGGUUCACCAAAAAAACAUAUUGUGGUUAUAUUGAAUACAUCAA